AUGACAGCACUGAAUAAGACCAGACGCAUGAAAGGACACGGGGCCCUUCCUCGCCACCGCGCCCGCGAUAAAGUAAACACUGGACCAUGCAAUACACCACUCACAAACUCCCUAAUCCGGGCCAAAGACGACGAAGCCCAAUCUGGACAUACAAAGACCAAAAGGACCUUUAGCACUAACCCUGCCAACCCAUAG